GCUCAAUCCUUUCAGUUGCUGCUGCUGUUGCAUGACUCGAGUGAGACCCUCACAAGACUUCCUAUGAGUUUCGCAGUUUGGUGAGCUGCACUUUGUUACCAAGAAUCAAACGAGCUGCACCGAUAUGCAUUUCCAGAUCAUAUUGCUAUGCAUAUGCUUAAUGUGUCUUGCUUGCUCGAAUGCCAUACAAUGUGACUCCUGUGGCAAGGAGUGCUCCAAUGCGUGUGGCACCAAACAUUUUCGAACCUGCUGCUUCAACUAUCUACGCAAACGUACCGAUCCCGAUGCACUGCGUCUCAGCUCGAAUAAACGACUCAUUGACUUUAUAUUGCUGCAAGGACGCGCACUCUUCACACAGGAGCUGCACGAACGCCGCCACAAUGGCACUCUUAUUGACCUGGACAUGAGCACCUACUACGGCUGAA